GUCGUCUCUGAAAUAAUGCACUCGAAUAGUAGAUUUAACUGUAGUAGUGUCUUUUAACUUUGAUUAGUACCUAUACAUUCAAAAACGAAUCAUUUUAUUAUAUUAUUGUGACGCAUUUAUAACACCAGUCUAGAGACAACUCCAAAUAUGACUGGUAUUGCAGCGAAGACAUCAGCAAUGUUCAACAACGGCGUGACCAGCGUCGAAAUUGUGGACAGUGAUAACGAUGAUAUUGGUGUUGAAAAGAGUGGAAAUAAAAAGUUAUGGGUCUCGUCAAUAGUUAAAUUUCGACAAUUUUUCAAAUCAUCUCCGAAUACUAUGUCUAGUAAUAAUAAACACCUCUGGCGCAAGCGUCAAAACAAGGCAGACACUGAGAACGAUCAGUACUAUGACCAGGAUGAUGAUCAAGACGAUUACAGUGACAAGCAGGAGCUACACCAACAGGCUAAUGAUGGAAAUGGUAGUAAAAGUCAUGAUAUAGAAGAAGAUGACGACGACGAUGAAGAGGAUCAAGACGAAGACAGGCAAGUGCGAAAGAAAAUGCUCCGAAAACAAAACAAGAAAGAGGUAGAAGUAAAAAAAAAAAAAAAUACUGAAAUACGGUUGUUACUGGCUAAAUCAUCAGAUGACACUAAAAAGAACUCAAAAAUAAUUUCGGAAUCUACAGCCGUAGUCUCAAUUGUGGAUGAAAUAGAUUGUAAAGAAAACCCAAACACUAAUAUCAAUGAUGGUGAAAGAGAAACUUGGGAAAGGAAUGCAGAUUUUUUGCUAUCUAUUAUUGGGUUCGCGGUAGAUUUGGCGAAUAUUUGGAGAUUUCCAUAUCUUUGCUACAGAAACGGCGGAGGAGCAUUUUUAAUACCAUACUUUUUAAUGUUAAUAUUUGGCGCUGUUCCCCUAUUUUAUAUGGAACUCAUAUUAGGCCAAUAUAAUAGACAGGGGCCAAUAAGUGUGUGGAAGAACGUAUGCCCUCUUUUUAAAGGAGUUGGAUUUUGUGCUGUGCUGGUUGCAUUCUAUGUGUCAUUUUACUAUAAUGUUAUUAUUGGUUGGUCGCUGUAUUUUUUGGCAAUGAGCACAACCAGUAGCUCGGGACAGUUGCCGUGGGUGCACUGUAACAAUACCUGGAAUACAAACACAUGCGUUGAACAGAAAGAUGAUUGGGAAUCAGUAUAUAACCAAUCGGAUCAUGUUCAUAAUUAUCUACCUAGGAUGCACGCAAAUGGAACUUUACUGCCGAUGUCUGAUGGUACUUCGAUCAUAGGCAGUAAUUUCAACAACCAAAGUUCACCGGCGGCUGAAUAUUUCCACCGUGGCGUGCUUGGCAUGCAAAUGAGCGACGGUCUCAACGAACUGGGUUAUCCAAAAUGGCAAUUGGCGUUGUGUGUGUUCAUCGUGUACGUUAUGCUGUACUUGAGCUUGUUCAAAGGUGUUAAGUCGUCAGGAAUUGUCGUCUGGGGAACGGCCACACUACCGUAUUUAGUAUUGACAAUUUUGUUGAUUAGAGGUCUCAUGUUACCUGGCUCGCUAACCGGCAUAACCUAUUAUUUACAGCCCGAACUGUACCGCCUUUUAGAUACACAAGUGUGGGUGGACGCAGCCGUUCAGAUAUUUUAUUCGGUAGGAGCCGGAUUCGGGGUUCAUUUGUCGUACGCAUCAUACAAUAAUAUAAAAAACAAUUGUUACACAGACUGCCUGAUUACAACAGCCGUCAACUGCUUCACCAGUUUCUUUUCCGGUUUUGUUAUAUUCACUUAUUUGGGUUUCAUGUCACACAAACAACAUAAGCCCAUAAGUUCGGUAGCCACUGAGGGUCCUGGUCUGGUGUUUCAAGUUUAUCCUGAAGCUGUAGCAACGUUACCCGGAUCAAAUAUCUGGGCCAUGUUGUUUUUUUUCAUGUCCAUCACGUUGGGCAUUGAUUCGGCGAUGGGUGGAUUAGAAUGCGUCAUUACUGGACUGAUGGACGAAUUUAGUGGCUUCUUUAAGAACCGUAAAUGGCCACGCGAACGUUUCACGUUUGCAGUCAUAGGUAUAUCGUUUUGCGUGGCUCUGAUAAAUGUGACACCGGGUGGCAUUUAUAUGCUCCACUUAUUGGACACGUAUGCUGCUGGUAUAUCUCUGCUGUGUUCGGCAUUAUUCGAAUGCAUAGCUGUAUCGUGGUUUUAUGGUUUGGAGAAAUUUUGCGACGACGUGGAAAGUAUGAUCGGCCACCGUCCCGGGCUGUAUUGGCGAUUAUGUUGGAAAUUCGUCAGCCCAAUGUUUAUUAUAGGAGUAGUGACAUUUGCUUUGAUCGAUCACCAACCGCUGAGCUAUAAUGGUUACGUGUAUCCAGAAUGGGCUGAAUGGCUAGGCUGGACUUUAGCCUUUUCGUCGAUACUUAUGAUACCUGGUAUGGCUAUAGUGCAAAUGUGCAGGGCAAGUGGUUCGUUCAAAAAGAGACUGGCAUACAACAUCACGCCACUGAAUGAGCAAGAAUCGAUGGAAAAGAAUAAGGGCGAGUGUUCUAGAUUUCGUCUAAAGCACUGGCUGUACGUUUAGUAUAACUGAACAUUUAAAAUUAUGUAUUCAUGUUUUUUUUAAAAUAAUAAUUAUUUAUAUCGCUUUGUGUUCCAUUAAUUAAUUAAUAAUACAUUUUCGCUAUUGCUAAUAUGCUCGUAUAUUCAAAAAUAAGUUUAAAAAACAAAACAAAAUAGACAACUGUUAGUUAAGGUCGAUAAUAUAUGAUAAUCACGAUAAAACGACUUAACAGAAUUAUAAAUUAUACACACUAAUUAUAUAACUCAUUUUAUAACUCAUUUUAUAACUCAUUUUAUAAAUCUAAUUAUAAUCAGGUGGGUCGUAUAAGUACCGAAUAAACACUGUUAUUUGGUAGACUAAUUUACAAAUAAUUACUAUUGGCGUUGAGUACGUACUUAGUAAGUACCUAAGUAGGUAGUAUACUCGUAUAAUAUUUAUACCAUUUCAAAUUUCGCACUUGCAACAGUAUUAUUAUUACGUACCGAUUAAAUUAUAUUAUUUUUACAUUUUACAGUAAGUUAAAUAAUGUUUUGAUUGUUGUCAAACAUUUAGUAAUGGAUAAUCUAUUAUCUCCUAGGCAACAUUUCGCAACAUUAUUGAACGCUCUGUAUAUUAUAUAUUGUUAUGCAAAACUGCCAAGUAUGAAGUUGUAAGACGUUUUACUUUAUAUGAUCUAGGUGGGUACCUAAAUGUUUAAAUAUAUCGAUAAUCUUUAUAUUAUCUUUAUACAUACCUAUACCUAUAAGUACUCAGUUGAAUUAUUUUUUAUACACUCAACAGAUAUAUAUUUCCUAUCAAUAUACUCGUAAUUCUUAUUAUAUAUGUAUAUUAUAAUACUAUAAUAUUGUUAUAUUUGUAGUGUACCUAACUAUAGUUAAUACGAUACUCGAUUCUCAUUAGCGAUACAUACACCACACAUAUGCUACACGUAGAUACGCGAAGCACGCAAGCACAUGCACACACACACUUACAUACAUAAGAAAAUAUAUAAAUCAAUAAUUGUGUCAAAUUAACUAUGCAAUUAUUAUUUGUUGCACAACUACUACCUUUAGUAUAUUUAGGAGUACCUAGGUAUAUUUUAUUAGUCACUACUCACUAAACACUAUGUUUGCCAUAGGUACCUAUAAUAAUAUAACAUGGGCACGUUUGAAACAUUCCAUAUUUCCAUUUACAGCAUAUUGGUGGAGUGUUGAUUUGAAUAAGACAUAUUUAAAACUAUCUAUGUCACAAUAUUUAUAAUACAAUAGUAUUACAUACGUCAUACGUACAUACAUACACACAUACACACUACAUAAAAACAUAUUAAUAUUACGUAGGUAUUAUAAUAUAACAUGUUUUCCUACAAUUUGCUAAUAAUGUUAUUAUAAGAUCUUUUUAUUAAUAAUAAUCAUUAAUCAUUAGUAUACAAACUUAUUAUAGUAGCACUAUACACAAACAUGUCAUAAUGUAACACAUGUCACUAAGUAUGUAGUUUGUUUCAUUUAUAAUUUAUAGAUAUUUGUAUUUAUUGAUAUCUCGAUGGUUUACUGUAAUCUAUACAUCUUUAAUGUCAAAAAAGCUUAAUUUUUAUGUUAAAAUAAUUUUUUUACCCUUGUAAUAAUUAAUAGGUAAUUUAUAAGUAUUAUUGAACAAAAUAAUAUAAGUAAAAGUAAUCGGAAUAAAUACAUUUCAAUAAUAUCUUAAAUAGUAUUUGUUGUUUAUCGUAUAAAAGUUGUGUUAGCAAAAGUUAACGAAAAUUAAGUAAAAAUAUU